AUGAAUGGGACUUUAAGAGAAGAAAAGGUAGAAAACGGUAAAACUAUUCUGGAGAUGGUAAAAGAAGUUGCUUGUCCUGGGGAAUGUUCAGAUCAGGGUCUUUGUGAAGACGGGAAAUGUAUCUGUAAAAGUGGAUUUAUUGGAUCCGACUGUUCAGUAUCACUCAAUGAACCACCAUUAGCACACAAUCUAGAAGCUGAUGGACAUUGUGAUUUAUCAGUAGACGAUUGUACUGAAGUGGCUGUUUUUGGUGGAAGAUUUGUGGAUGCUGAACAGACCAAGUGUCAACUGUUACCAUUUAAGAUAACAAAUGACCAAGUUACUGUCAGUGAAGGAAGAAUUAUAAAAACAGCAGUAUUUGAGAGUAUUGGAGAAGUAACGUGUAAAUUACCAUCUAGAAAACGUAGAAGAAGAUCAGUAGAUGUACCAGUUAUUGAUGAAACUGUGACAGGUUAUAAAGUCUCCGUAUCUAAUAAUGGAAUUAUUUCACCAUUACGCCGUCUCACAUUGUAUUGUGGACGUAUAAUGCCGUCGCCCCCGUUCGUCCAUAUGCCCUCCUUGCUUGAUACUAUAUGUUAUAGUAAUGGUUUAUCUCAGUCUAACUAUUGUAUAAUAGAUACUAUAUGUUAUAGUAAUGGUUUAUCUCAGUCUAACUAUUGUAUUAUAGAUGCUAUAUAUGUUAUAGUAAUGGUUUUUGUCAGUCUACCUAUUGUAUUAUAG